UGUGGUCCUGAGGGCGUCCAUGUCUUCUUCCUGGUCCUACCUAUGGGUCCCCUCACUGAUGAAGACAAGGGAGAGUUACAGACCAUCCAGAACACAUUCAGCUCUCGGGUCAACUUCUUCACCAUGAUUCUGUUCACUGUGGAGUCAGAUCCUAAAGCUCCAGCUGUUGUUAACUUUGUGAAAGAAAACAAGGAGAUCCAGGAUCUCUGUCAGAGCUGUGGAGGAAGAUAUGUUGUUCUCAACAUCAGAGACCAGCAGCAGAUCCCAGAGCUGUUGGAUUCUGUGGAAAAGAUGAGAGCUGAAGGAUCCAGAUGCUUCACAAUGGAGAUGUUCACCAAGGCUCAGAUGGAGAAUGUUUCAAAACUUAAAGCUGAACUGAAAGAUCUAAAACAUAAAAGUAAGAUUGGAAUAGAUGAUAAACAUCAGGGUAAAGAGUGUCUCAGGAUGGUGCUGAUCGGGAAGACUGGCAGUGGAAAGAGUGCAACUGGAAACACCAUUCUGGGUGAAGAACAUUUUAAAUCUACUCCCAGCUCAAAGUCAGUGACCAAGCUUUGCGAGAAAGCAACAGGAGAGAUCGAUGGACGUCCUGUCGUCAUAGUCGACACCCCCGGCUUGUUUGACACGACUCUGUCCAAAGAUCACGUUCAAGAGGAGCUUGUGAAAUGCGUCAGCUUGUUGUCUCCUGGACCUCAUGUGUUCUUACUGGUGCUGCAGAUCAGCCGCUUUACAAAAGAGGAGAAAGACUCUGUGGAGCUGAUUAAGAAAUAUUUUGGCAAGAAGUCUGAAGAUUUCAUCAUCAUUAUAUUCACCAGAGGAGAUGAACUAAAAGAUCAAACAUUUGAGAGUUACCUAACAGACGACUGUGAUGACUUGUUGAAAAAACUAAUAAAUGACUGUGGAGGAAGAUACCAGGUCUUCAAUAACAACAAUGAAGCAGACCGCACACAAGUCAGAGAUUUGAUGAAGAAGACCAACACAAUGAUGAAGGAGAAUGGAGGCAGCUGCUACAACUCAGAGAUGUUCCAAGAGGCCGAAGCAGCAAUAGAGAAGGAAGUGAAGAGAAUCCUGAAGGACAAAGAAGAAGAAAUGCAGAAACAGAAAGAGGAGCUUCAAAUAAAACAUGAAGAAGAAAUGGAAGCAGUGAAGAGAAGAAUGAAACAACAGAAAGAAGACAUUGAACAAGAGAGAGCCAAACAACUUAAAGAAAUGGAAGAAAACAUCAACAAGGAGCGAGAGGAGAGAAGGAAAGAACAGGAGAUGAGAGAAGAGGAGGACAGGAAGAGGAAAAGGCAGGAGGAACUUCAACAACAAGAGUGGGAACAACAGCUUGGAGCUCUGGAGAAAGAAAUAAAGUCAGAGUCAAAAGAAAAGGAAACCAUUGACAGAGAGUUGGAGGAGAAUAGAGAGGAGAUGAGAAAACAACGAGAAGACUGGGAGAAGGAAAGAAACGAAUGGUGGAAGAAACGAUAUCAAGAAGAUGAACAGAAACGACACGAAGAGCAAACUAAACUUAAAAAGCUCCAAGAAGAAUACGAAGAAGAAAGAGAAAAACAUGAAAUCAAAAGAAAAGAAGAAGAUCGAACCAGAAGAGAGCAGGAGAAGAAGGAGAGAAAAGAAUUGGAGGAAACCUACAAGAAGGACCUGGAGGAAAUGAAGAAGAAAUAUGAAGAGGAGGCCAGAAAACAAGCUGAAGAGUUCAAUGAGUUCAGACAGAAAUACACCAAGGACUUCACAGCGUUGGUAGAGAAGCACAUGGAGGACAUACAGGAACUGAAGAAAAGACAAGAGAGACAAAUGCAGGAGACAGAAGGGAGGCACGGAAAAGAGUACGAUCUGUUAAAAGACCUCUCCAGUAACAAAGAAAAACAUCUAAAAGAACAAUUGGAGGACAUGAAGAACAAACAAGAAGAAGAAAUAAAAGAACUAAAAGAGAAAUACAAAAGAACGUGUAUCAUCAUGUGAUCACACACUGACUAAUAAUCAUGAUGUUAGCAGAUGGAACCUCAGUUGAACAUUGAAAGAACAACAAUUUUCUUAUCUUUAAUUUUUUUAAAGCAAAUCAUUUUUUUCUGGAAAGUCACAUUUGGGUUUUUUGUACACAAAAGGUGUCUGAUCAUUACUUUAGCUAGUUAACGUUUCGUUGUUGCAAUUGAACCAGUUUAAGAACUCUUUUGUGUCUUUCUCAGUUGGAAUAUUCGACAGUAGCCUAAAAUAAAUGGAGGGUUCAUGGGCUGAAAAGUACUGAUGCCUCAGGGUGAGCAUGUUUAUAUUUGUAUUACCUGUGUUGAAGUUUUCCGUACUCUUUAAUAUCUUUUGUUUGCUCGUGUUGUAUCUUUACAUAGUUCAUAGUUGUUUGAUGAUAUAUUAAUGCGGUGAAUAUUGAAUUUAGCAACUUUAAAUGUCUUUUAAUAUUGCCUUGUGUUUCUUUAUUUUUUGUUAUUCUCAAAAACAUCAGGAAUGGAUAGUGGACUGUACUUGUAUCGCACUUUUUUAGUCUUUUCCGAACACUCAAAGCGCUUUCACACUACAUGUCAUCAUUCACCCAUUCACACACUGAUGGCAAGGGCUAAUUGACACCUGCCUAUCAGAUUCAUGCACCGUAGGCACAGCUACGGGAGCAAGUUUGGGGUUCAGUGACUUGCUCAAGGACACAUCGACAUGCGACUAGCGGAGCCGGGGAUCGAACCACCGAUCCUCUGAUUGAAGGACGAGUCUGCUCUCCACUCAGCCACGGUCGCCAAUCAUGCACUAUGUACAAUUUUACAUUUUUUUUCCAAUUUUCCAAAAUGUAAUUUUCUCCAAUUUUAGUAAGAACACCAGAUCCCUCAAUCAUGACUUCCAGACUUGUAGGAUUCUCUUUAUAUGUGCCAAAUAGGUUAAGAAGCAGUUGUGUUUUUGUGUUUAAAAUAUGUUUCUUUUCAUAAAGCCUUUCCGUCUCAUGUAAUAACACUUUGAAUUGUUGUUGAAAGAUGAUAUACUAAUAAACUUUCCUUUUGACA